CCCCCACCCCCCCGCGGUCCCGCAAACAAACCCAAGUGUCCCUGAAAGUUCCCUUCACAAGGCGGCCCGCGAGCGGACGGCCCUCCGGGACGCCAGCCUUGACCGCGCCCGCGGCUCCCGGGCUCCCGUCGCACAGACCCACACCCGCGCGUCUCAGCAGCCCCGCGAACAGUCACACCCGGCCACGCGAUGCGGGGCGAGCGGCCCAGACCCUGUCCCGCCCUCCCGGAGCUCCGACGGCGCGGGGGUGAGGCCCCACGGGAGCGAGCAGCCCCCACGGCCGUGAGCGGCCACGCGCCCUCUGCCUUGGAAGGUCACCUUGGAUUCUGAUUGCUUUCCUAACCUUGCACCCAGGCUACAAGGCAAGACAGGUUUGGAGACACUGGUAAAGGGAGAGAGACUGAGAGGAACACUUGCAGAGCCAGCAGGGAGCCGGGCAGCUCCUUCCCAGACGUUGGGGACCCUCCGUCUCUCCAGAUGGAAAGGUGAUAGGCCCUCAUGGUAGACCCCAGGAGUGAGGCCCCAGGAUGACAGAACCCGAGACCCUGGCCCUGCUGGAAGUGAAGGGGUCUGAGGCCCUGGAAAAGAGCCCACCCCAGGCCUUGGUCCCCAAUGGCCGUCAGCCAGAAGGGGAAGGUGAGGCCGAGACCCAUGGAGCCGCAUCCUCCAAGGUGGGGUCCUCAGCUGGGUCUACCACGGCCGGAGAGGGACCUGAGGAUGGCCUUGACAGCACAGUGAGCGAGGCGGCCACCCUGCCCUGGGGGACCGGCCCCCCGCCCAGUGCCCUGUUCCCAGACCCCCCCGGGUGGCGGGACAUGGAGCCCGAGCCCCUCCGGUCAGAGCCACCCACCAAGCUAGAGGACUUGUCCGAAGAUGACGCCAUCCUGCUGCCUGAGAAGGCGGCCCGGGCCUUCGUGCCCAUUGACCUCCAGUGCAUCGAGCGGCGGCCCCAGGAGGACCCGGCUGUGCGCUGUGAGGCCGGCGAGGGCGAGGGCCGCCGGGCCUGCCUGCCCGCCCGGCCCACCCAGCCCGAGCCCUGUGAGCGCAAGUGGGCCGAGGCCGUGGUGAGGCCGCCGGGCCACACUUGCGGGGGCUGCGGGGGCUGCGGAGGCCGGGACGGGCUGAGGGCCGUGGCCUCGGUGGGAGCCGCGCUCGUUCUCUUCCCCUGCCUGCUGUACGGGGCCUACGCCUUCCUGCCCUUCGACGCCCCGCGGCUGCCCACCAUGAGCUCCCGCCUCAUCUACACGCUGCGCUGCGGGGUCUUUGCCACCUUCCCCAUCAUCCUGGGGCUGCUGGUGUACGGGCUGAGCCUGCUGUGCUUCUCGGCCCUGCGGCCGUUCGGGGAGCGGCGGCGGGAGGUGGAGAUCCACCGGCGCUUCGUGGCCCAGUCGGUGCAGCUCUUCAUCUUGUACUUCUUCAACCUGGCCGUGCUCUCCACCUACCUGCCCCAGGAGACCCUCAAACUGCUCCCCCUGCUCACCGGUCUCUUUGCCAUCUCCCGGCUGAUAUACUGGCUGACCUUCGCCGUGGGCCGCUCCUUUCGAGGCUUUGGCUACGGCCUCACGUUCCUGCCGCUGCUGUCCAUGCUGGUGUGGAACCUGUACUACAUGUUCGUGGUGGAGCCCGAGCGCAUGCUCGCCGCUGCCGAGAGCCGCCUGGACUACCCCGACCACGCCCGCUCGGCCUUGGACCUCAGGCCUCGUCCCUGGGGCUGAGGCCCCCACUCGGCUCCCCCAGCCUCGGUGCCUCGGGGGACAAGCCCCAGGAUUGCCCGUCUGCCCCCUGCUCUCCCCCGUCACCUCGGGAGCCCUCGGCCGUCGGGAGGGAAUUCAGCUGGUUUCUUGCAGGGAAAGAGGUGGACGGCCAUGCCCCUCUGCGGGCUGAGGGCAGGGGGUGGCACAGGGAGCAGGGGCAUGGUUCCCUCCUGAGCAACACCCCCCACCCCUGGCGCUGCCUCCAGGACCCCCGUGCUGACCUCCGCCCCACGCUCCAGCCCCCAUGAGGCCGCGCAGGCAGAGCCUCCGCCGACUAUCUCUGUGCCAUGGGCCGCAGGAAGACUGGCAGUAGUGCCUGUGCCCAAGGUAAAGCCUGGGCAUCUGAUCACAGGGGACUUAUACGUUUGGCGGAAACCUUCCUGCGGGCCUGGGUUCAGGACCCUCCACCACGGGCCCCUGUAGGACUUUUAGCUUCGGUCAAGAUGAUCGAAGCUGCCCCAGCCCAGAGCUGCCGCCUGCUCCCUUCCGACCCAGUCAGGCCCCCAACCCCCCCACCUCCAACCUGCAGAGGGGAGGGGAAGCCUCCGUCCAGAGAGGGGCAGGGGUAUGUGUGCAUGGGCCCACGCACACGGUGGCUGGGGUGCCUGCAGGGUGCGGUGGCCGAUGGGAACCCUGUGUGAACGUGUGACAAUAAAUGACCGCCACGGUCCCCCCUCACUAUUCAUGUUUGAACCCCA